AGUAGAACACUGGCUUAAAAAAAAAGUGACUGGCUCGAAGCCAAAAGGGACAGUGACUGAGCGUUUAAACAUCCUCCAUCCUCUGUGCACAGUCUGCAUUUCUCAGCAAAGGGGUCUCUCCAUCAUUGCCCUAUUGCAUACAGCGACUGAAGGGUUAAAGAGAGCUGGGACUUCUCUGCUAGCUCCCCAGGGGCAUAUCAUUGCUGGGACAAUAAGAACUGGGAGCUUUUGUGAAGUCUGUGGACCUGAAGGGGUUAAUGAGAGCAGCCAAUCCUGCCUGUGUCCUGUUAGAGCUGAGACAGACCUGCCCAGCCAGCUUAGCAACUUUCACACCGUGCGUGCAGUGCGCAAGGAGCAGAGAGAUUUCUGACAGUCUCAGGGAAUAACUACAGCAUAGCUCUCCCCAUCCACCUCCGAGCGCACACUGCCUGGUCCCCGGGGGAGCAGCGAGGAGGGGAUGUAGCCCUUCCUGCAUUGGAUGGAUUUAGGAACUCUGGGAUUGAACCUGCACCAAGCCUGGACAGCCAUCGGCAGGGAACAGUACAAGGACUGAUCGGAGCACCGUCUGCUGAUCGCACUCUGCCCAGCGGGGCAAGCGGCUCGGAGUCACAGUGACCAGAGAGGAAGCCAGUGCCAGAGAGCUCAGGCAUCCCCCUGCAGGAAGGCCUGAAGUUUCUGAGAUGAGGCUGCUCCAGGAUGACUGAGAUCAGCAUAAAACCUGGUGAGCUAGAGCUCUUUCACUGGUGAAGCUGGAACGGUGACUUUCCCACUGAGUCCCAGACUGUUUAUUCCUUAGUUCUUCAUUGCCCAUUGUGAACUUUCUGCAAGGCUCAGCCAUGACUACCUCUGCCUUGCGCCGGCAGGUAAAAAACAUUGUGCACAAUUAUUCGGAGGCAGAGAUCAAGGUGCGUGAGGCGACCUCCAAUGACUCUUGGGGUCCACCCAGCUCCCUGAUGUCUGAGAUUGCAGAUCUGACCUUCAACACAGUGGCUUUCGCAGAGAUCAUGGGGAUGAUCUGGAGGCGGCUGAACGACAGUGGCAAGAACUGGCGCCAUGUCUACAAGGCACUGACCCUGCUGGACUACCUCAUCAAAACCGGAUCAGAGAAGGUGGCCCAUCAGUGCCGGGAGAACCUUUACACCAUUCAGACUCUGAAAGACUUCCAGUACACAGACCGUGACGGCAAGGACCAAGGUAUAAACGUACGGGAGAAAGUCAAGCAGGUCAUGGGCCUGCUGAAGGAUGAGGAGAAGCUGAAGCAGGAAAGGGCUCAUGCCCUGAAAACCAAAGAGCGCAUGUCCACUGAGGGCACGGGCAUCAGCAGCAGCCAGCAGCUCUCUUAUGGCAGGCGGACAUCGCAGUAUGGAGAAGACUAUGGCAGGCCGAGGGGGUCUCCAUCAUCCUUUAAUUCCUCUUCCUCAUCCCCUCAGCACACCUCAGACCUGGAACAGGCAAGACCCCAGACGACUGGAGAGGAGGAACUGCAGUUACAGCUUGCACUAGCCAUGAGUCGAGAGGAGGCUGAGAAGGAAGUGAGGGCAUGCCAAGGAGAGAACUCACUGCUACAGAGGGCACUGGAAGAGACCCACAUGGGUAUUGAGGAGGAGGAAGAAGAGGAUAAGAUGAAGAAAAGUCAGUCCUCUAUUGCGGAGCUGGCAGACAUUUUUGGACCAGCGCCAGUAACUUCAACCCGUGUUUCAGCUGACCCAUGGGAUAUUCCAGGUCUAAAGUCCAAUGUGGAACCAGCAGGAGCCUCUUGGGUCCCCUCUGCAGACCCCUGGGCUCCAAUCCCUGCUGCUUCCGGGGAUCCUCUAAGCCAGAUGGCAGCAUCAAUCAACCAGACCUCCACAGGGCCUUGGGAUCUUCCUCCCAUAGUCUCCUGCUCCUCCUCUGACCCUUGGGAGAAGACCCCCCUCUCUUCAAGUCUGUCAUCAGCAGAUGCCUGGGUAAAGGCAUCCCCACCUUCUAAAGGUUCUGCUGAUGCUACUUCUGCUGCUGAUCCUUGGGGAGGUAUCGUUGACAGUCCUCCCAGGGCGGCUUCAGUUGAUGUCACUUUUGACUUGUUUGCAAAACCACCACAACCAACAGAGCAGCUGGAACAUGAGAGCUCACAGGCCCCAUCCUCUGUCAAGCCUACCAGCCCUGUUGAUUUGGACCUGUUUGGCGACCCGAUUCCCAGCACCAAGCAGAAUGGAGUUAAAAACACAGAUGUUUUUGAUCUUGCGGGCUUAGGAGACUCUCUUACUGACCCCAAUAAAGAAAGGAAAGAUUGUAAAACUCCAGAGUCCUUUCUUGGCCCAACUGCCUCCUCCUUGGUGAAUUUGGACUCCUUGGUGGUUGCCCCCGCAACCCUGAAGACUCAUAAUCCAUUUUUGUCAGGUCUCAGUGCACCUUCUCCCACAAACCCAUUCAGCACCAGUGACCAGAUCAAACCAACACUCAAUCAGAUGAGGACCAGCUCCCCAGUGCCAGGCAUGGCCAUGGGAAUGACCAUGAACUCCAUGACCUACAGUGCUUCACUCCCUCUUCCGCUCAGCAGCGUGCCAAUGACCCUCCCCGUCUCCAUGAGUGCCUUCCCGCAGGCUGGAGCAGGGCCGUUUCCACAGCUACCCAGUAACCUGCCUCAGCCUUUGUUGCCACUGACUGGCUCUGCUCUUCCCCCUGCCUCACAGGGGGUGAUGAACCCUUUCCUCUGAAGUCUCUGGAUCUGUGUUACGUGUAGUCUGUCUUGUCUCGCGCCCAGCUAUUAUGGAAAUCUUUGCAUGUUCUCAUGCAAAGGCCUUGUGGGCACAAGUUCAUUAGUUGUGAUGGAGGAAACCAUUCACCCAAAACUCCUAACCCAACACCUGCCCAGGUCACAGAGACACAGUUAGCAUGAAUCUCCUUGCUUGAAGUGCUAUAGAAGUAUUUGCUCCAGCAUGGUGGGUAAAGGACGGCUAGAUCUGCCUCUGACGGCAAUAAGGACACUCUUGUCAUCAGCUGGCAUUCCCGUGAUCUGCAGAGUAAAUGGAGGGUCCCUAAGAAAGGGCUUUAAUUAUCUAGGGCCCUCCACUCUCCAGCACCAUAUGCUGGUACAUUUUCUAGUCGCCAUAGAUCUCUUGGAGAUCAUCGUGGGCCUGUCAGUGGGAUAGAGGAAUCCUUCUGUAAUCUGCAUGGAAGGUGCAAUCACAUGCUGAGACUUGCAGCCCCAACACCUACUGGAGGUCAGGAUGUUCUCAGGCACAGGAGGAGUACUCCUUAAAAUCCCUUUCCUCUGCCAAGUAUCAGAGGGGUAGCCCUAUUAGUCUGUAUCCACAAAAGCAACGAGGAGUCCGAUGGCACCUUAAAGACUAACAGAUUUAUUUCGGCAUAAGUUUUUGUGGGUAAAAAACCACUUCUUCAGAUGCAUGGAGUGAAAAUUACAGAUACAGGCAUAAAUAUACUGACACAUGAAGAGAAGGGAGUUACCUUACAAGUGGAGAACCAGUGUUGACUCACUCUCACAGACCUUGAGAGGUAGGCCAGUCCUCGCUUACAGACGGCCCCCCGACCUGAAGCAAAUACUCACCAGCAACUACACACCACAGAAACACUAACCCAGGAACCAAUCCCUGAAACAAACACCAUUGCCUACCCUGUCCCCAUAUCUACUCUAGCGACCCAUCAGAGGACCCGACCACACGAGCCACAUCAUCAGGGGCUCAUUCACCUGCACAUCUACUAAUGUGAUAUAUGCCAUCACGUGCCAGCAAUGCCCCUCUGCCAUCUACAUUGCCCAGACUGGAUAGUCUUUACGUGAAAGAAUAAAUGGACACAAAUCAGACAUUAGGAAUAGUAACAUACAAAAGCCAGUAGGAGAACACUUCAAUUUCCCUGGACAUUCUAUAGCAGAUUUAAAAGUAGCCAUCCUUCAAUGAAAAAACUUCAUAAACAGACUUCAAAGAGAAACUGCAGAGCUACAAUUCUUUUGCAAACAUAACACCAUUAAUUUGGGCUUGAAUAGGGACAUUGUAGUGGCUGGCUCAUUACAGAAGCAAUUUUCCCUCUCUUGGUAUUGACACAUUCAUCAAUUAUUGGGAGUGGCUCAUAUCCACCCUGAUUGAAUUGGCCCUGUCAACACUGGUUCUCCACUUGUGAGGUAACUACCUUCUCUUCAUGUGUCAGUAUAUUUCUGCCUGCAUCUGUAAUUUUCACUCCAUGCAUCUAAAGAAGUU